UUCGUCACUUAGUCCGCGCAGAGUAGGUAACAGUUUUUUUUUGGGGCAUUUAGAGGCAAUUUGUACCUUGCCGACGUCAGGGUUUGCAGUUUCGAUCUAUGUAUAUGUGCGUGUGUUUGUAUACAUGUAUGUAUACAUUGAUCAGCGUAUGUAGCCGAGCUCACACUUAUUCAACGAUUUGACGUCAUUCUUAUAGAUAUACCUGAAAACUGGAUUGUAGACCCUUGCUCGAGCAUGCCAUCUCACCUGCACCUAAGCAAGUAUACAAUCUGAAAUUCCUUUGCGCACUGGUUCUGGGCGCAACGAUGAUCUUGAAAAUGAAGAUACAAAGCUGCAUGCGAUUUCUGAAGUUUCCCGAGCAAAUUUGUAUCGGGCAUUAGGUGGAAAAGUUGGAGGGAAAGAAGCAAAAGAUUGAUAAGUCAAUAACUGGUGCGAGCAUCAGCGAUGUAAUGAGGCAAACGUCGAAGCUUGAGCUCCGAAUUUCAAGUUCAACGCUUCGCGUCCGCAAUCGCUCGUGAGCUGCUGUCUAUGCAUGUGUGGCACCGUGCGUGCGAAUUGCGAUCGUGUGUUGUUGCGAGUCAGGUUCAUGACUGUAAGUCAGACAGCGUCAAUAGUCAAUUACGUUUCCGCCAUCGACGUGGAUAGUUAUUGUUGACAAACGUACUGCUGCUGCUGCUGCACAGGCCUUUGAACCGUAUAUGUUAAUAUACGUGUUACGACGCGUCGAGGAUAAGUUCAACGAAAUCAUUAUACAUAGUGCUGCUACUUAUCGUGCGCGCCAACGUGUACAAUCGUGUCCGCAGCUCUGUCUAUAAAUUGUGUACAACUACAUCAGAAUAAGAUGACAUUUGGACUGCGAAUUUUCGCAAAAGAGAGAGACAGAGUGAAUAUAUAAGUGUGUGUCUCUGCCCCCGAGCUGCUGCUGCUGCUGCUGCUGCUGCGAAUCGCAUUGCAGAAGUGGCCUUGAAAACAUUCACGCACGUCACAGUCAUGAAUAUAUACAUACACGCGUACACUUACAUGCAGCAACAUUAAAGAUACAUUUUACUCGCACUUAUCUUUGCCUUCCCUCCAGUGUACGUGUAGCAUCAUAAUAACAACAAAUACCUACUAGCCUACUGCCACUCGAGAGAGAGAGAAGAAGAGAGAGAGACAGCACAAAUAAGCGCUAUGUUACAGACAUGGCCUACUGUAUAAUGAACUCUAUUUUAAAGUUCAUCUGCAGAUAGUGCGUGAUGAUAAUUGUACACAUGCCAGUGGCACAAGUCGUGUAAGCUGUGGUCUAAAGUUUGUCUAGUGUGUAGCCACAACCGAGUCUUAAGCUUAUCAAUCGCGUUAUCAUGUGCUUUUACUAGACGCAAAAUUUGACUUUCUUCAGGUGCUACGAAACACGUAACUUUUGCCUGUGAGAUCGUUGUCGCUUCAUCUGAUCGAAAAAGUGACAGUAUGUUAUUUUUUGCUCAAGCUCAACUGUUCGAUCGACUCUGAGUGAAGUAAUAAACAAUAGAAAGUGCGUGGCGGAUACAGUACAAAAACAUUCACAAAAAGGACUUCAGAAUUAUUUUGUGUUGGAAUCGUUGGGAAUUGCAAAUUAAUAUUUUAUAAUGCCUUUGGCCAAGCAGCCUGACUGCUGUUUCUCGGUGCAUCAUACGAGUGCUGCUGCUAGCUUCUCAAACGCGACGCAGCUUAUUGACAAAUCCAAUGCCCGGUGGAAAGAUUGAUUUGCGGUGACGGCCGAGAUUAAUUUGGGCUACGUUUGAGCCACCUACCUUUAGGAUAGUAUAGUUUUAGCAGGCACCAACUGUGUUGUUGUCAUAAUUUUUAUCAAAACACAGAUUAUGGAUUCUUCUGAUAGAGGAUAAAAUGAAUUUUUCCUGCCUAGGUUCAAGUUUAGAUAAUAGUGGCAUAUCCGUAUCAUCUGUAGGUCCUCAAAGUCCUAUGGAUAUAAAGCCGGAUGCCAUCAAUUUAAUGAAUUCAGACACAUACAGUCCUCCUAGUUCCAAUAGUCCAGGGACUUUGAACUUGGGUUGCUCCAGCAAUAUGAUUGGUACGUCACCAAAUUCACAAAACAAAACAAAUGUUGCAUCUACUUACCCUCCCAAUCACCCUCUUUCUGGGAGUAAACAUUUGUGUUCAAUAUGUGGGGAUCGUGCAAGUGGAAAACAUUACGGUGUUUACAGCUGUGAAGGUUGCAAAGGAUUUUUCAAAAGGACUGUCAGAAAAGAUUUAACUUAUGCAUGUAGAGAAGAAAGACGAUGUUUAAUUGAUAAGCGUCAAAGAAAUCGUUGUCAAUAUUGUCGAUAUCAAAAAUGUCUAACUAUGGGUAUGAAAAGAGAGGCUGUGCAAGAAGAACGACAACGCACCAAAGAACGUGAACGUGAAACAACAACUUCAAAUAAUUCCACAGGAGCUGAACCUGAAACUUGCACAAGCAGCUCUCAUUAUGUUGUAACAAUUGAACGACUUUUGGAAGCAGAAAAACGUUAUGAAUACUUAGUAGAAAAUCAAGCCAACUACGAAGUGUCUCAAAAAAUCCAAGAUAGUAAAAAAGUUAAGCAUAUGGUGGAAUGGGCCACGCGAUUACCUCAUUUCACAGAAUUGUCUCCUGAAGAUCAAGUAUUACUACUUCGUGAUGGAUGGAAUGAAUUACUUAUUGCCUCAUUUGCUUAUCGCUCUAUGGAUAUUGAUGAUGGUAUAAGAUUUUCCGCUAAUUCGUUAGUACACAAAAACCAGGCUAUUCAAGCGGGUGUUGGAGCAAUUUUUGAACGUGUUUUAAAUGAAUUAGUUUAUAAAUUUAGAACUAUGAAAAUGGACAGAACAGAAUUAGGCUGCCUUAAAGCAAUUAUUCUUUUUAAUCCAGAAGUGCGUGGGUUGAGAGUAUCAUCAGAAGUUGAUUUAUUGAGAGAAAAAGUAUAUGGCGUUUUAGAUGACUAUGUUCAAAAACAUCGCCCUGAUGAACCAGGACGAUUUGCUAAACUAUUACUACGGCUCCCUUGCUUGAGGUCGAUAGGACUUAAAUGUAUUGAACACUACUACUUUUUUCACCUUCAUCCUGCGGGGGAUGUCGCUCUGGAUCACCUUCUCACAGAUUCGUUGAAUACUAAUCCUGAUUCUUAGUAUCGAUUAAAUAUAAUGUUCCAGUUGAUUUAAAUGCUUCGGGUACUUGGUAAGUUUGAGUUGUAUGAAGAAAACGUGGUUAAUCAGUAAAGUAAAAUUUACGUUCGCGAAAACGUAAAUAUUUUUACUAUUAUAAGUAUCAGUCCCGUCCUUUUUGUUUGCUCUCUUUGACUUGAAACAAAAAUUUUAAAUAUGCAUUUGUUCUCAAAAUCUUCAGGAAUUAAAUCUAUUAAACAUUUAAAAUAGAGUUCUUGACUAUUUAAAAAGAAAAUACUACUGCCUUCUCGGUUUUUAAUGUAGGGUGAGUUUUUAUUAUGCUUUCUUAUAAAAAAUAAUAGCAUUCUUUUAACUUACAGAUCUUUUUUCACUUUGAUCAUCUCUGAACCUGUUUAUAGAAAUUUUAUUACUAAUGUUUGUUAAAGGCAAGCAAUUAAUUUUUGAGACAAUUAUUUUAUAACCGAUGAUUAUAGCCGAAGAUCGUUCGUUUGUAUGCAGUUUAAGCAUGCUUUAAAUAUCAUUGUUAAAGUAUAAUUACUUUUUUUUCUACAAAUAU